AAAAGCCUGAGGCGGUUCGCACGAGCGAACACUCGGUUUCGGCAGCGCGAAACCUCCGUCGGUGCUCGGGAACAGGAACAGGAGGUUUUUCGCACCGCAGCCGGUUUCUCUGAGGUUAUGGGCAGGACGUCGCUGUGAGAUAGCGUCAACACGUGGAAAUAAUGAUGAAGAAGGACAUCAGCUUGACCCUGGCGGACGACGCCGAGCUCAAACCGCACCUCCGCGACGCUGAGAGCAUCCUCAACUCCCCGGACCUGGGGCUGCUCAAGCUGGCCUCCCCGGAGCUGGAGCGGCUAAUCAUCCAGUCCAACGGGAUGGUCACCACGACGCCGACCAGCUCCCAGUUCCUCUACCCGAAGACGGUGACGGAUGAGCAGGAGUUCGCGGAGGGCUUCGUGAAGGCGCUGGAGGACCUGCACAAGCAGAACCAGCUGAGCGGGACGGGUCAGACGAGCAACAGCCUGGACCUCGGCGCUAACGUGGCUCCGGUCCCCGUGCAGCCGGACCUGCCGGUUUACACGAACCUGAACAGUUACGGAAGCGGCCCGCUGGUGACCACGGUCAACUACUCCACGGACACGGUCCCGUUCCCGCCUCCGCCGUCGCACCACCUGGGAGCAGCCGCGCUGCAGCAGCCCGAGCCCCAGAAGGAGGAGCCUCAGACCGUCCCCGACGUGCAGAGCUUCGGGGACAGCCCGCCGCUGUCCCCCGUGGACAUGGACACGCAGGAGCGCAUCAAAGCCGAGCGGAAGCGGCUCAGGAACAGGAUCGCAGCCUCCAAGUGUCGGCGGCGCAAACUGGAGCGGAUCUCCAGGCUGGAGGACAAGGUGAAAACGCUGAAGAGCCAGAACACCGACCUGACGUCCACGGCCAGCCUGCUGCGGGAGCAGGUGAACCAGCUGAAGCAGAAAGUCCUGACCCACGUCAGCAGCGGCUGCCAGCUGCUGCCACACGAAGUCCAGGUGCACUAGACCUCCAGCCGGACCACCGACCAGCAGAUAAGCUCCACAGACUUUCUUCAUGCUGCUUUAUCUAAAGGUAGUGCAGCCUGGAGGUGAGCCAUUCUGCAGGAUGAAUGCCAAGCCACGUCGGCCAGACUCUACGUUACUAAUCAGCUUUUUUAAAACGUCAUCAGGAUUGUUGAUAUGUAAACAGAUGUGGCAGAACAUUAUUCAACAAUCUGAAUAUUGGGACUCUGGCAGUGUCAUCGGCUAAUGAUGAAUCGUUAUUAUCUGUAUUAUUUAUCCACAAAUCACUGUUCUCCAGAGGAUUUUUUACAGAAAUCAGCAACUGAUGUACUGUAUUAGAAAAAAAAAGAACAGUUGCCUUCAGUAUGUUGGAUAUUUUUAAUCCUGCUCUACCUCGUAUGUGCGUUUGCUGUUGGGAGAAAAAUACACUUGAUGACAUUAUGAGACGCAUUUCCAGAUUUUCUCCUGUAAAAAUGUUUACUGACUGUGCGUGCAAUCUCAAAGCUGGACCAAACAGACACAAUCCCUACAAGAUUAUGCACGUUCAUAACACAGCGUACAAGGAGGUGGCUGUAAAGAAAUACAGUGCAUUUACACUCACAUGUGACAUGUUUGACAUAAUAUCCACAUGUAACCUAUUUACUCUGUUUCUGUAGGCAAAGAUUUGCAUGUUUUUGACAAACUCGAAUGUUGCUUGCAGCUCGGGGUCAAAGG